AUGGUAAGAAACUAUAUAAGAAAAACUGAAAAGCCAAGCUAUACGGAAGAUGAUGUACAAAAUGCUGUUGAAAAAAUUCGUACGAAAGAAUGGACAUAUGAAACGGCUUCUAAUCUAACAAAUAUUCCCAUCGGUACACUUGCUUCUCGAAUAUCUCGAAAAUCAAAUCAACAAGUUGGUCGUCCUACAGCUCUGAGAAAAACAGAAGAAAAACAUUUAGUUGAUUUAAUUAUUACUUUACAAGAUUAUGGAGAAUUAUCAACAAGUGAUGAUGUAUUAAAAUAUGCAACUGAAUUUGUACAUAUAAUGAAUUUAAAAUCUCGAUUUAAAAAUGGUGAACCAACACGUGAUUGGUACUACGGUUUUAUAGCAAGAUGGAAGGACAAAUUGAAAAUAAUGAACAGCAGUAAAAUAGAAAAAGUUCGAGCUGAUGUUACAAUGAGUACCAUUGAUGAUUGGUUUGCUAAACUUCAUUCGGUCUUAUCAAAACUUGAUUUAUUUAAUAAACCUCAACAAUUGUUUAAUUGUGACGAAAGUGGUUUCCGGGAUGAUCCAGGAAAAAAGAAAGUUGUAGUUAGUCGACAAACUAAAUUUGCAAAUAAAAUUCAUACUGGUAGUGGUAAAGAAAAUACCACUGUAUUGUUAACCAUCAAUGCCAGUGGUGUUUGUUUACCACCGUAUAUAAUACAUAAAUCCAAAUGCCUGUAUGAUAUCUGGUGUCCUCGAAACGUGAUUCGUGGUGCUAUUUAUAACAGAACAGAAUCAGGAUGGAUUAAUGAGGACACCUUCUUUGAUUAUUUGAAAAAUAUGUUUAUACCACAAACAAAACAUAUUCCACGACCAAUUUUACUAAUAUUUGAUGGACAUACAUCUCAUUUAUCAUUGAAAACUGCACAGUUAGCAAUUGACAAUCAAAUUCAUUUACUCUGCCUUCCAGCUCAUGCUACGCACCUCCUUCAACCACUCGACGUUUAUACUUUGAAAUAUGUCAAGACACAAUGGCGUACUUUACUUUGGGAUUAUUACAAUAAAAAUGCUGGAAAAAAAUUAGAUAAACCGACUUUUAUUCGAUUAUAUGCUCAAUUAUAUAAUUAUGCAUUAUUACCAACACAUUGUUCGUCUGCUUUUGGGAAAGCUGGUAUUUUCCCGUAUGACCCUCGUGUCAUCAAACGUGAUAAAAUAAUAAAAACAUCAUCAAGUUCCACAGCACCAAAUAGUUUAUCUCGUUCAAAAUCUGUCGAAUUUGAUUACAAUGUUAUUGAAACAACAACGACAACGUCAUCGCCAGCAUUACACUCAAAUCGAAAUCGUCAAUUGGUUAAGCAUCCAUCCGAUCCAGUUCUUUUUUCUGGUUAUGAUGAGACAAAUAAAGAGAAGUCACGAACAUCAUCGAACUCGUACCAAAAUAUAAUAACUUCUCUUGAUAAUGCUCUUAGAGCAACUGAUUCAGUUAUCUUACCAUCAUCAAAUACUUCUAUUCAAUCGACAACAACCAAUCUGUUUUCGUCAAAUAACUUUGAUAUGUCAACAUCGAAUACGAAUCAUAAUUCAAUAGCUUUAUCAACAUCUACAAUUGAUACUUCAUUGGUUUCAUCGACAUCGAAUACAAAUGAUAGCUCAUUCGUUUUGUCUCAAUCGAUAGAAAAGGAUCGUACCUUGGGUGCUAUUGAGAUGAUCGUCAAGAAGCAUUUUUCUCAAGUAUCGACAACACGUCCAGCAAGAAAGAAGCGUCUAAUUCAUGGAGCAAAUGGUAGAUGUGUAACAGACCUUGACGAACUAGCAUUGACAGCAAUUAAAAAGAAGAAAACUACUGAAACCAAACUUACCAAAAACUGUUCGAAUAAAACCACCGUUACACAAAAACAAAAUGUACCAUCAACUACAGAUAUUUGUAAUGCUAAUAGAAUUAAUACAAAUAAUUCAACAAAUACAGCACCGAUUGGUACUCAAAAUGUUUCACUACCACCUAUUUCUUAUAUGUUACCAUCUAAUACUUCUUCACUGGUUCCAACAUUUCAGUCGAAUCCAGCAUCAUAUGUUCCUUUAUAUAAUACAUCAUCAACAUCUAUACAAUGCCAUUUAUGCUAUAAUUACAUUAAACCAGCAGAAAUGACCAGCAACUGCAAUCUUUGUCAUGGAAUUCUUUGUUGGGAAUGUAGUAGCACGAUGGACAAUAGCUAUCAACUUUGUCAAUUGUGUAGAGCGUAUUUUACAGGUCAACAGCAAAAUUAUUUUGCUUAUAAACAAUAG